UCAUCAACUAUGUCUAUCAGUAUUUUCCUCACUCUCUUUCACCCUCUUAUUCUGUCUCACUCCCUCACUAUGCGUGAUACAAUUUUUAUUUUUUAUCGAAAUUUGUUCACAAAAUUUAAUUGCAUUAAUCUAUUAAUGAUUAAUUUAUUUAAAAACGAGUAACAUUUUUAAUUUCUAUACUUUUUUAAAUACUAUUUUAUUACUGAACUGUCUAUAUGGACAUUUUACUGGACAUUAAUUUAUUAUUAUUUUAAUGCAAUAGUAUAGAAGUAUAUUUUAAAUAUAACAAUCAUUUUUGUCGCAUUGGAGUUUGCUAAAUACUCUUUAAUGUUGCAUAAAAGAUAGUAUUUUAUAUAUAAUUAUUGUAGUUGAAUUGUCAUUAUAAUUCCGUGGAUAUAAUUAAUCAAUAAGAACAAUUUAUCAAAACACGUAAAAGGACCGGCAGUGCUUGUGAAUGUACAGUCGCCUAACUCGUGCAAUUAUUUUACCAUCCCGAUGACUAUUGUGACUCGUGGACAAACAGUCGGAUUAGAUUCGACUGAUAGUCAAACUAAUGUUCCAAAUGUUCCACAACAAACUCAAAUACACAAUGUACUGUCUAACAUUAAUGUUUUGCCACCUCAUACAGUUGAGACACACCAAGUUCAAGAACAAUCAUCAAAUGAAAUAAAUGAUUCUAAUACAAGUAUUACUGAACGUGAAGAUGAAAAUUUAGAAAAUGAAGAUGAUGCAGAGGAAGAACUUGUUUUUCCAUCUACAAAAUUGACUAACCUAGAGGAAAAAAUUCACAGUCAACGAUGGAUUGUUCCUGUGUUACCUGACCAAGAGUUAUUAACUCUUCUAAAUAUAUCAAUUGAGUUUAGUAAAAGAAGAUUAGAUACCAAUCAUGAAGAAUGUCAAAAGUUUUUUCGUGAUGCUAUGGUACUAUCUUUUACAAGAAUAUUAACUGAUGAUGCUGUUAACAGCUGGAAGUCAAAUAUCCAACAAUGUAUAAUGAAUAAUUGUAUAAAACUUGUAGAACUUUUAGUAUUAAAACUUGACGAUGAUAAUUUUCCAUUUGUUGAUAUUCUAGGAAUGUUAUUUAAUCCAAUUAACAAGUUUCAUUUAUUUAACUGUGGCAGACAUUCAGAGUAUUCUACUGCAGAAAUACCUUCAAAUGAUUUAUUUGCCAGAACUCCACCAGAUUCUAGGGCUCCUAGAGGAUGGCUUGUAGAUUUAUUAAAUAAGUUUGGAAUUUUAGGAGGGUUUCAAAAGUUAGUUAAUCGGUUUGAAUGCCACGAAACUCUAUCAAUACCUAUUAUUUCUGGUUUAAUAAAACCAUUUGGAAGCUGUUCAGAACUUUUAACUGAAAAUACAAUUUUAAAAUACCUAAUGCCAAUAGUGGAACAAAUACCAAGCAUUUUGGAUGUGUUAACUGAUGAUGAAUUAAAAAAGGAAACAAAAAAUGAGGGAAAAAAUGAUGCCAUAUCCACUAUUAUCAAAGCUUGUAAACAAUUAGCUACCAAAGUACCCAAACAGGAUAAUUUGAUUAAACAAUUAGAAAUAUUUAGACUGAAAAUGAUACUUCGUUUAUUACAAAUUUCUUCAUUUAAUGGUAAAAUGAAUGCUUUAAAUGAAGUAAACAAAGUAAUUACUAAUGUGACAUAUACACCACAUAGACACGUAGAUCAUGAUGAAGAAUAUCUUACUCCCGAAAGAAUGGCUAAAUGGAUUAAAGAAAAUAAUGUACUAGAAAUUGUUCUACGGGAUUCGCUUCAUCAACCUCAAUAUGUUGAAAAAUUAGAAAAAAUUAUACGAUUUGUUAUUAAAGAGCAAGCAUUAUCUUUGAGUGAUUUAGAUGCAAUAUGGGCUGCCCAGGCUGGUAAACAUGAUGCAAUUGUCAAAAAUGUCCAUGAUUUAUUGGCAAAAUUAGCUUGGGAUUUUUCUCCUGAACAGUUGGACCAUCUAUUUGAAUGUUUUCAUGCUAAUUGGACCAAUGCUAAUAAAAAGCAAAGAGAGAAGUUAUUAGAAUUAAUCAGACGAUUAGCAGAAGAUGAUAAAGAUGGAGUAAUGGCUCACAAAGUGUUAAUGUUGUUUUGGAACUUAGCACAUGGAGAAGAUGUAUCUACUGAAAUAAUUGAUCAAGCCUUGUCUGCACAUGUCAAAAUAUUAGAUUAUAGCUGUUCUCAAGAUCGUGAUGCUCAAAAAACGGCAUGGCUUGACAAAUGUGUUGAUGAAUUAAAAAGUAAUAGUUCGUGGGUUCUUCCAGUAUUAAAGCAUAUGAGAGAUAUUUGUAUGUUGUAUGAUACAACUCCAGUUGGUGCUCACCAAACUCAUACUCAUACUUUGUAUCGACAAGAAAUUAUCACAAGACUUCAGACUCAACAUACUAUUGUUUCAUUAGUUGCAGACAAUUUGUCUAAAUAUAUGGAUGAUGUAAGGAUAGUUGCUCAAGACAGUAUUAAUUUGGAUCCAGCCAAAUAUUAUCCUGAUGGACGGUACUGUCAUUUACAACAAGUACAAGAGAGACUACAUUUCUUAAAAUUUUGCUUAAAGGAUGGUAACUUGUGGUUGUGUGCUGAACAAGCUCAUCAAGUAUGGGUAUCAUUAGCAGAAAAAGCUGUAUUUCUAGCUGAUAGGGAAGCAUGUUUUCGUUGGUUUUCUAAACUGAUGGGCGAAGAACCUGACAUUGAUCCUUCAAUUAAUACUAAAUUUUUUGUAAAUAAUCUUUUGCAACUAGAUCCAACUCUACUUACUGAAAAUGGAAUUAAAUGUUUGGAACGAUUUUUCAAAGCUGUUAAUGUAAAGGAAGGAAAAUUACUUAAAAAGAGACGUAUUUAUCAAAUGGAAAAUAUUGAUUUAAUUGGAGUAGAUUAUCUUUGGAAAGUAGUGACAAACUGUAAUGAAGAAAUUGCAUCCCAUGCAAUUGAUUUACUUAAGGAAGUCAAUACAAAUUUAGCCCCAAAGCUCCAAGCAAACCCAUUAGAAUUUCAUCAAACUUUUGUAGCUGAAUGUUUAGAAAGAUUAAGAGCUCAUUUUGACACUGUUAGUAUUCUUUCCAAAGCAUCAAUGACAAAAGAUGAUAUUAGGGAAAGAAAUAAAGAAGCUACUAAAAUGAUCAGGGUUAUGAAAGUUCUCUAUGAAUAUUUAAGUGAAUGUGAUACUUCUUUUGGGGGAGACCGUUCUUUAUUACCUUUACAUCGUGCUUGUCGAGGUAAACAUAUUACUGUGAUUGUUCGUUUAACAAAUGCUAACAGAUCACUUGUAGAUGAUCAUGAAAUAAGCAUGCACAGCAAUGAUAAUAUAUCAUGUGUCAGAAGACAGCUCUUAAAAAGACUAAGAAGUACUGAAACAAUUACAGCAAUAUCUGGUGUGCUACAUAUUAAACUGGAUAUUUUCCCUGGAAGUAGUAUGGACCUUACCAACACACUUGAUGACAACAAACUACUUGGAGAGCUUCCAUUUCGUGACAAAUUGUUUUUAAAUGCAAGACUCAUGACUGCUAGUACUAAUUUAACUAGUUCACCUGAUAGUAGUUCAGAUAGCUCUAUUACUAAUAAUCAACCUCUUUAUGACUAUAGUUUGAGUAUGGAAGCAGAAAGUUAUUUGCCUACUGUGAUAAUCUCUGAAAACCCAAAGUAUGUUCAUUUUUUCCUUCAAGUUUCUGACAGGGGCAUUGAAAUUGAAAAUCAACAACUUAGAGAGGCUGCCAGAUGUAUAUUAAAGCUAAUACCACCUGCAGAAUCUACUGUAAAAAAAAUUAAAUCUUUUUUUUCAAACCAUACUAAAUCUACUAUUGAAAAUUCAAAUGUAUCAGUUGAUAAUAUUUAUCUUUCCAAUUCACCAUCACAAAAUCUUUAUAAUUUGGAAGUAUUAUAUUCAAUGCUGUUGCCUUCUAUUGAUCCAAUGUCAGAUAAAACUUUAGAAUUUCAAACUAAUUUUAUUACCAGCGAUCAUGCUUCCCAAAUUAUUCAUUUAUUAACAUCAAACAAAUGUAAUAUAGCUAAAGACCAAAGUACCAAAAGAUCAAUUAACUUGGUUAUUCUAAAGAUUAGUAGACUUAUUUUAUGUGUAAUGGGACAAGUUAUCACACAACUUUAUCAAUCUCCAGGAUUGAUUAUAAAUUCUUCAGACUCUGAUGAAUGUUUAUACAAAGGUAUUGAAGUUCUUGAUCAAAGUGAAGAAUCAUUAACUCUUAUGAAAGAAGCAUUCAACCUUGUACCCAAUCCAAAUGUUGAGUACAUGUUACGUAGUGUUACCUUAAAAUUAGCGCGUAGAUACAUUGAUAGAAUAGCUAUUGGUUGCGAGUCUCUAGAAACAUUGCAGUUGGCUAUCAAUAAAUCUUUGUUAAAAUUUAUUCCUACAUUGGAUAUGAUUUGGAAUAUUAUUAAGUUAUCUUGGUUAAUGUCCGGUGUUCAACAGAAAAAUUGUGGUGAUCCUUUAAACAACGACCAUCAUUUAAAUGGAAAACUUUUAGAAAUGGAAGAUGUGUGGGUGUGUAAAGAAGCAUUAGAAGUUCUUACAUUAUGCCUGUUUUUAAAACCUGAAUAUUUUAAUGAACUAGUAGAUGAAAUUGAAUGGAAAACUUUUUAUAUUGAUUUAAUACUUUUAACCAAUAAUAGGCAAAUCCGGUGUUCAGCAGCUGAACAGUUUUUAUUAAUAGUUAAAUUUAGUAGUAAUACUAGGCCUUUAAUAUCAACUAUUUCUCUAAUGUUCUCUGUUCUAAAUAACACAGUAUUAAAAUUUGCUCAAAAUUCUUAUGAAUAUUUCCAUGUUUUAACAUAUCUAUUAAAUUAUGCUAGUCAUGAAAGAAUUUUAGUGCCAGAUUUUGAAGAGAUAUUAAAUAAUGAAAUUAAAUGGUUGAAAGAUUUAAGAGAUAAAAUAAAAAUUGAAGAAGAUGAUAGUGGUGUUGAUGAAGUUAUUCUUGAAGGUCACUUAAAUAUUACAAAAGAGCUAGUUCAAAUGAUUAGCAUAGAAAUACGUGAAGAAAUUGGUUCUGAUGUGAUGAAUGGUACCAUGCUAAUAAAAGAAUUACUUGAAGACUUUAUUUUUCCAGCUUCUAAAUUAAUGGAAGAUAUGACUAAGCAACAAACUAUUGAUUUUGAUGACAUUGAGGUUACACCAGUGUGUAAAUCUCCAAAUUCCACAAAUGCAGCUUUUGAUCUUAUUAUUUCAUUAUGUGUUGGCUGUGUUAAAAAUUUAAAAUUAACUGUUGAUAUUCUAAAUCAAUAUUUUUAUUCAGAACAUGAAGAACCGUUAAUUGAGUGGGAUUAUUUACCAAUGAUGGGUGCUAGGACUGCUCGUGGUUUUGUUGGUUUAAAAAAUGCUGGCGCUACAUGUUAUAUGAAUUCUGUGCUACAACAGUUAUAUAUGGUACAUCCAAUAAGAUUAGGUAUUUUGUCAGCUCAUGGUGCAGCUAUUGAUUCUAAUGAAGAAUAUAAUGCAGAUGACAGAAACGAUAAUGAUUCUCAAUUGGAUAUUGUAGAAGAUCGCAAUAAAUUUGAGGUGUCCCGCAAAGAAUACAAUGUUGGGAUAUUAAAACAAGUUCAGGCUAUAUUUGGCCAUUUGGCAUUUAGUAAAGUCCAAUAUUAUAUUCCUAGAGGUUUGUGGAAGCAUUUUAAACUACAAGGUGAACCAGUUAAUUUACGAGAACAGCAAGAUGCAGUAGAAUUCUUUAUGAGUCUUGUAGAAAGUUUAGAUGAAGCACUCAAAGCUUUAUCUCAGGAUCAAAUAAUGAGUAAAAUUUUAGGUGGCUCUUAUUCAGAUCAAAAAAUAUGUCAGGGUUGCCCACAUAGGUAUUCCAAAGAAGAACCUUUUAGUGUUAUAAGUGUAGACAUUAGAAAUCACUCAAAUUUAACUGAUUCAUUAGAACAAUAUGUUAAAGGAGAACUUUUAGAAGGGGCUGAUGCUUAUCAUUGUGAUAAAUGUAAUAAAAAGGUUGUUACUGUUAAGAGGUUAUGCGUAAAGAAGUUACCCCCUAUUUUAGCAAUUCAACUUAAAAGAUUUGAAUAUGAUUUUGAAAGAGUGUGUGCCAUAAAAUUCAAUGAUUACUUUGAGUUCCCACGUCAUCUAGAUAUGGAGCCCUAUACUGUAUCUGGCUUAGCCAAAAUUGAAGGUGAAAUAAUUGACUGUGAUUAUAAUGAAUCAGAAAAUGAAAAUAAUACCAAAUAUCAGCUGACUGGUAUAGUAGUACAUAGUGGACAAGCCAGUGGAGGUCACUACUAUUCUUAUAUUCAGGAUCGAAAUUCAGAUGGUUCUUCUAAAUGGUACAAGUUUGAUGAUGGGGAUGUUACAGAAUGUAAAAUGGAUGAAGAUGAAGAAAUGAAAACUCAAUGUUUUGGUGGGGAUUACAUGGGAGAAGUAUUUGACCAUGCUUUAAAGAGAACUAGUUAUCGUAGACAAAAAAGAUGGUGGAAUGCAUACAUGUUAUUUUAUACUAAAGUUGAAAAUGGUUGUAAAGAUUUAGUUAAUGGUUUGCGUAAACUUAGUAUGGGCGAACGUCGUGCUAGUAAUAAUUUAAUUAAAAUGCCUAUUAAUAUAAAGCAAAGUGUACAACAACAAAACAUACGCUUUCUUCAUACACGUAGUCAAUACACUGAAGAAUACUUCAAAUUUAUGCGUAAUAUUGUUACAAUUAAUGCACCGUCUCUAGCUAUCAAUGAUUUAAAUCAAGUUCAAUCAGUUGAAAAUCAGGAAGAAUUAUCAUUGCUAUCUAUUCAACUAGUUGGUAAAUUUUUAUUUUAUAUUGGUUUACAUACUAAAAAAUCAUUAAGAGGGAAUGCCAUAGAAUGGUAUGAUUUAUUAGCUUCUCAUAUUCGAACUUAUGCAUCAGUGAGAGCCUGGUUUGCCCAAAACCUUUUAUUUAACCAUCCACAAAGAUUUGCUGAAUAUUUACUACACUGUAUGAGUUCUGAAGUGCGUUCAUUUUUUAUUAAACUUAUUGCAUAUCUAGCUCAUUAUUCUUUACAAGAUGAUGCUAUUUUAAUACCAGCAAUUACAUCAAAUUCUUUAUUGGAUACAACUGCUUCAUUGAGUGAUCAUUUAAUUAUUGGUGUAUUAAGUUUAUUACAAAAAGAAGUUGGUGAACAUACUAAUAGACAUUUACCACAUUAUUUUUCUUUCUUUUAUAUGUACUGUAAUUUGGGAAUGGUGGAGAAGCAACAACUAAUUAGACUUAAUGUACCAGCAAUAUUUAUCUUGGUAGCUAUUGAUGAAGGCCCUGGUGGCUCUAAUAUUAAAUAUCAAUUUAAUGAGCUUAAUAAACUACAUUCGGUAAUAUCAAUAUUGAUUAGAUGUUGUGAUUGUUCAGAAAAAUGUGUAUCUUCCACCUCUGUUACUCCUAUUUUACCUAAUCCAUAUGCUGAAUGUCAACCUUAUUUAAGAAAAGUUCCUCAACAAGUUAAAGAUUGUAUUUUUGGUCGAAUAUGUUACCUAAAAAAAUUAAUUGACAAUUCUCAAAUGAAUGAAGAAAGUAUGAAGUUACUUCAAUUUGUUUGUUGGGAAAAUCCACAAAGUAGUAGCAUGGUUUUAACAGAAAUUUUAUGGCACAUUAUGUACACAUAUUGUCAAGAACUCAAAUUUUAUUUAGAUUUAUUAUUUGUUAUUUUGAAUAUCGAAGAUUCAUGGCAAAUGUUACGAAUUCAAAAUGCUAUGACUGGGAAUGAAAGAGAAGGAGUAUUAGACACAAUAUUACGUCAUAAAAAUCAAUACCAAAGAAGAUCUUAUCAAUGUAUUAAAGCAUUAGUUGGGUUAUUCUUAAGAAUCCCUAUGGCUCAUAAAGUUGUUAUGCAACAUAUAGAAUUAAAGCGUAAAUGGAUGGAUGCUGUAGAUUGGUUACAAGAAGAGCUUCAUAGAAAAACACUAUCUGGAGGGCAAUAUAACACAUAUAAUAGCUGGACACCACAGUCUAAUGAAAAUACAAACAGUUUUUAUUUAGAAAGAUCUACAAGUGCUCGAAAAGUUUUACAAAAAGCUUACGACUUUUGUCCAACUGAUGAUUAUAUACCACCAACAAUGACCACACAUGAAAUAGAAGAUUCUUCAGAUGAAGGUGAUGAAAUAGAAAUGCCAAAUGUUAUGGAAGAUGCAUUAGCAAAUUUAGUCACAGAACCUAUGCAAGUAGUACCAGAUUUAGUACCGCAAAAUAAUGACGAUUAUGAUGCUUCUGUACCAAUGCAAUACAACACAAUCAAUUUUAACUCUGCAGAUUGUGAAGAUGCAGAAAAUAAUGUCGAAGUAUUUACUUCAACGGAAGCACAUUGAAUACAUUUGUUUAUUUUUUAAUAACAAAAGUAGCAUACAAUUGAAGUUUUUUGUUAUGUGAAUAAAAGCUAUUUUUUUAAAAUCUAUCUAACAAAAUUAUGCUAUAUUACAUUUUGUAAAUUAAACCCUUUAUAUAUUUAAUUAUGAUCUUUCUACUAAUCCAUCAGAAUGAUUCAUAAAUAUUAUUUUAUAUGCGACAAUUAGUCUAAAAUCAAAGUCCAUAUAUAUUUUAAGUUACUAACAUCUGCUGACACGAAGUAAUAAAUUAAAGUAUCAAAUAUUUUAUUAAUAAAAAGAAAUGAGUAAAUUAAAUAUAAUAACAAUAAAGUAGAGUUAUCUCUGACAGAUUAAAUUUUUUAUAUUUAAAGUCAUAUUAGAAAAAUGUUUAAUAUUAAAUUUUGUUUUAUGCUGUAAAAAUUGUUUUUGUACAGAUCUAAAACUUUGCACAUUAAGAGUUUUUAUGUAUACAUGUAUAAUAUCUACUUUUGCGUGAGCAACCCAUCCUACACUCUCAAUACUGUCUUUAUUAGAUUAUUAUCAAUAUUUAUUUUUUGUUUAAUGUACAUUUAUAUUAAUUUUUUUACAUUAUUAUUAUUUUAUUAUAUAUAUUUAAAGUUGUCUACAGUUUAUCUAGCUAUGAAGAUAUGUUAAUAUUAAUGAAAUUUAUGUGUCAUUGUUUUUAAACUAUCACAAACUCAGUGAUUAUGUUGGUAAUAUCAUGGCAAAUUAACGUAAUAUGUUAUUAUUUUUUUUUUUUACUAAUUUAUUUUUGCUAUAUAAAAAAAAUAGUAAUUCCUUCAUUGCAUUUAUUGCAAGAUCGGAAAAGUGAUAUAAUUUUUUUAAUCUUCAUUACAGAUAAGUUAAACAUAUUUUUAUGUGCUUAUUGAUAAAAAAUCUAAAUAAUGUUCUCUACUUCUGAUAAAUGAAAAAUGCAAUCUAAUCAAAUUAGCUAAAUAUUGCAUUUUUCAUAUUAUUUUGUGAUAAAUUUAAGAAACCAAUAUUACAGUAACGCUGUAAUUAUGUUUGUAUAUUGUUAAAUAAUGUUAUAAAAAUGUGU